AUGUCAGAAAAAAAUUCGAUUUCAAUAAAGUUAGUUGCCUUAGGUGAUGGUGAUGUUGGCAAACAUGACAUACUAUUGAGGUAUUUCCUUAAUUAACUUUAGUUACAUAAAGGAUAAGUUAUCAAAAAUUAUGUCCCUUAGGUCUUUGAAAAUUGUACUAUUUAAACAGCUUUUGAAGGCAAGACAGUUAAUUUUUAUGGGAUACUGCAGGAUAAGAAACAUAUAACAAACUAAGGUGAUUGAGUUAUGGUUUUGCUGAUGUCUUUUUAAUCAUCCUCAUCUAUUGAUCAAGAAAGCUUCUAAAAUGCAUUCACUAAAUGGUACUAUGAUUUGGAAACUCCUGAAUUAAAAUUAGUACCAAAAAUAUUUGUUGGAAAUAAUAAAGAGAUGAGAAACGUAGCAAAUCCAAAUCAUGUUUAAUAUGAAGCAGUAUAUAUUUCUAUAAUUAUAAGGCUAAGUCGAAGAGAUUUUUAAUUAGCAAUUAGAAAUGUCGCUUUAGAGAAAAUUUCAAUUCUUAAAAUGCCUCAAGUAAAAAAAGUGAUGGAAAAGAAAAGUUCCUAAUGUUUUGA